UAUCUGGUAUAAAUGGUCACUGCACCCAAACAGUUUUCCCCAUCAGUAUGUGAACAGGACUUUUAUUUUGGUCUAGUUGUGUGACGUCACACAGCUGCGCCUCGCUCCUGCAUCUGUUGUGAUUCUGCUGAAGAAAGAACACAGAAAAACUCCUGGUGAAGAUCCACAUGAUUAUAAAGAUGAUGUUUAUUAAAGAGGAGAGUGAAGACAUGAAGAUUGAAGAAACAUUCAGAGUCAAACAUGAAGAAACUGAGGAACAAACAAAGAUGGAGUUUAUUAAAGAGGAGAUCGAAGAUGUGAAGAUUGAAGAAACAUUCAGAGUCAAACAUGAAGAAACUGAGGAACAAACAGACCUGACGUCGCUGAAAGAGGAGAAUGAAGUACUGAAAGAAGAGAAAGAUCAAUAUAACAAUCAUCAUGAUUUCACAACUGGAGAAAGAUCUUGUAGUUGCUCACAGACUGAAAGCACUUCCUCACGAAAAAUGACUCAAAAGAAGGGGACUAGAAGUCCUUUAAUCUGCCAACAGUGUGGAAACAGAUAUACUCAAAAAGAAACCUUAUUCACGCACACGGAAAUCUACACUGAGAAGCUCUACACGUGCCCUCGGUGUGGAAAGAGCUUCAAUCGUAAAGGACACCUUGAAGACCACAUGAGAGUUCACACUGGAGAGAAGCCUUUCAUCUGCCAGCAGUGUGGAAAGAACUUCACCCGAAGAGGAAGCCUUAAACGACACCUGAGGAUUCACACCGAAGAGAAACCUUACUCCUGUCCUCAGUGUGGAAAGAGAUUCAUUCAGAGAGGACACUUUAAAGACCACUUGAGAAUUCACUCUGGAGAGAAGCCGGAAAGAGUUUCAGAGAUAAAGAAAGCCUUGAGUACCACAUGAGUACUGGUAUUUCCUAGUAUACACUCUGAUUCUGUUGAAUUAAUAGGAAAUUGAGAUGAUUUAACAGAAAACACUGCCUAACGAGACACUGUUUUUACAUCUGAAGUCUCGCUGUACAUUCUUACAGUGCCUUAACGUUUAAAUGGUUAUUUGUUGAAUGUGAUUCAAAUAAAGACUGCGAAGAGAUUAAAA